AUGGCCGAAGACACAAACGCAGCUUGGCCCGUCGCGGACGAGGCCCUUUCUCAGCAACUGCUCGACCUCGUCCAGUCUGCCGGCCACUACCGUCAGAUCAAGAAGGGCGCUAACGGUUCGUACACUUCCUUUAUUUUAUUUUCCGAGUCAAAUCUAACAGAUCAUGCAGAGACCACCAAGACCCUGAACCGCGGAACCUCCGAGCUGGUGAUCCUCGCCGCAGACACCACCCCUCUCCCCAUCAUUCUGCACCUGCCUCUCCUUUGCGAGGACAAGAACGUUCCUUAUGUCUACGUCCCCAGCAAGCUGGCGCUCGGCCGCGCCACCGGUGUUUCGCGCCCUGUCAUUGCCACCAGCAUUACCACCAACGAGGCCAGUGAUCUGAUGCCUCAGAUCCGGGCCAUCAAGGUCCAGGUGGAGCGUUUGAUGAUCUAA